GUACACAUAACUCUCGGAUUUAAAUCCGAAGUUUCCGCAUUUAUUUAAUAUUAUUUUAUAUAAUUAUAAGUAUGUUGUAAUUGUAUAGAUUUUUCAUAUAUAAAGAAAUAAGCUUCUUGUUCUUUUUAUUUAGAAAUUUAAAAAUGAUAAAAAAAAACUCGGAAAUACAUUUAAAUCAAUUGUUAUCGACUGUGAUUUAGAACGAUUAAACAAACCUGUACGUAAGCAGCUGAACAAAUUCAUCAUGUCAUCAUCAUCAAAAACUUCCACAAAAUCCAAACCACUUCUGGUUGUAUUUUGUUUUCGUAAAGGUGGUACGUGAUUAAAAGAAAAAUUCAUGUCAGAUAAGAAGAACGAUUCAAAAUUGAAAAAUCAACUAUAUGAUAUUGUAGAGUAAAUCGAGCAGCAUCCAAUAGUAUAUGUUAUUUUUCGCUUUUGAAUAAUUCACUUUUUCCCACAUUUGUUUUUAAAUUGUUUUUUUUUUAUUAUUUCUUUUGUUUCACAGAAGUUCCGGUUCCACCUCCUGCAGCUCAACUAUCAAAAAAGAAGAAAAAUAUUAUAAAUAAUAAAAGUAAUGAUCUACCGGUAAAUUCUUCUUCUGGUCGUGAUACAUUUUUAUUGAAUAAUUCAAUAUCGAAUGAUACAAUUGAAGAUAAUGUUAUUGCUCCUAUUGAUAAUGCUGCAUAUGAUGAUGCUCUUGUACGUGUUAAUGAUGUUGUACAUGAUAAUACUAUUGAACAUAUCGAUGUUGUUGCACAUAAUGAUAUUAUUGCUCAUAUUGAUGAUAUUCUACAUGAUGAUAUUAUUACAGAUAUUAAUGAUGCUACACAUGAUGAUGCUGUUGCACAUAUCGAUGAUGUUGAACAUAAUGAGGAUAUUGGUCAAAGUGAAUUAACAUGGAAACAAUCUAAUAAUGAUAGUAAUUGA